AUGACGUGCCCGUCGGGUAAGUAUGCAACAGAAGAGUUCAUUGCGAAAACGUGCUGCCGACUGGAAAAAGGACCUGUUACGGAAAAUGACUUGCGAGAGAUCCACAGAGACUUGGUGAACUGCUGUAACUGUACCGAAAGGGAACUCGAAAAACAACAGCGAAUAAGAACAGAGCAACUGAACGAGAUAUGCCAACUGUCCGCAAAAAUCAGCGAGCUGACCGAUCAUGUCGAAAAGGCACGUUUGAGAGAGAACGAACUAGCUGAAAGAGUGGCAAGAUGGGUAGAGUAUUUGAAAGAAGAGAAGCAAAAGAUGCUUGCACGGGGAUCCCGCCUGUGCGCCACUGGGGCGCUCUCAGCGAUCAUUUCCGAUGACAUCGAAUACAACAUUAGCAUGCUCAUGCAGAUGCGAGCACGUGUUGACAACAAAAUUCUGGAAAUCAAGCAAAGGAAAAGAGAGCAUAAACACCAGUUAAAACACAUGAAGAACGAAAUGCUGCAGAUGCAUAAGAAACUAGGCGAAUGGGACGCGAGAUGUGAUGAGUAUUGUGAAAUGAACAUGCGAAUGGAAAUCACACGCCAACAGCUCCUGGAGCGAAUCAAAGAACAGCAACAGAGGGAAACCACUGCGAAGGCGGGUAUUCAUUUCUUUGACCUGUAG